GGAACAUAAAUCUCAAACGUUUUGUCCCCACGUGUUAUCUCGUCUCUUGUACUUGGCCUUUGCAUGUACAUGUAGAGUUAGAGUAUUAUACCAUCAGUUCCCGUUCUCGCUGUCGGUGACCCAAAUCGAUAUCCUCCUACGGCGAUCCGGACUACGAUCAUGCACUACUAAUUCAGAGGAAAGCAAGCGUGGGAUAACAAUGGCAUAUACAUCGGGCACAAUGGUCCUUGAGUGCUUGACAUGGAUUCCACAUCUUUGGGAUAAGCUAAUUUGUUCACUUAUUAUUCGUAAAGCUAGCUUUUUCAUGCGAGAUCUUCCCGAGGACAUCCUUAUUGACAUCCUCAGUAGACUCCCCGGAGAUUAUGUGUUAGAAUGUCGAAGGGUAUGCAAGCAAUGGUUGGCAUUAACUUUAACACCUAAUUUUAUUGAACUGCAUCUUAAGAGAGCUACUCCAGUUCUUUUCGUGCCAUGGUUGUUUGACAUGUUUAUUUUUGACGAACGAGCCAGAGCGAAGAAGAUGAUCAAGAAAAUUAGUGCCGAAUUAAUGCACUUGGAAUCGCCACAUACACCACAUCUUUAUGGGUCGUGCAACGGGUUGCUUGUGUUUCGUGAGAGGUUUCCUAGAAGGUUAUAUUUUGUCUGGAAUCCUCUUAGAGGGGAAAGAGUAACUAUAAGGCCUUUGGUUCAUGAAAGUAUGGUAUGUGGGUUUUUCUUCCAUCCACUUACCAAGGAUUAUAGGCUGCUUUUCAUGUACCUGGAUGGCAUGGACUUCAAGUUCUUUUUAUACAGUUUGGGAGGCUAGUUGUGGAGAAAACUUGAUAACUUUCCUUACCGACCGAGUGCUUUGACUCCCCCGACAACACUAAAUGGAGCCCUACACUGGAUGGUUCACCCUUUUCGCAUAACUGAUAUUGAUGACAUUCCCUUUUAUAGCACUUUCGUCAUGAUAUUUAACAUGGACACUGAGGAAUUUUGUUCUAAGCCUCAUCCAGGAAGGGGUUAUCUUUCGCUGAUCGAGCAUAGGGAUGUGUUCCUCUUUGAGAUGAAAGGGAAAUUAGCUCUCUAUAUGCUGUUGGGUGACUUGUUUGUCGACGUGUGGGUUUUGGAGGAUUAUGAAAACUGGAUUUGGGGGAAAAGACACUCGGUAAGGCCUCAUUUGGAUGUGGAACGUUAUCCUCGCAACUUUGAUUAUGGGAACUCAUACAUUAGCCUUGUGGACAUCCAAAAUGAUGAGUUGCUGUUUGGAUGGGAUUUUGGAGGUUUAUUUAAAUACAAUUUGCGUGAGAAGACUGUCAAGCAAAUUUAUGGGGUAGGGAUCAAGCAAACGUGUCAAGACUCAGAGUCUUGCCCGUUUGCCCGUUCGCAAUUGGAACGCAAUUGCGGCCGUUUUUUCUGUGUUCGUUAUGCCAAGACUUUCGUCUCACCAAGUGGUUUUGGGUGACCAGAAUCCAUAAUUCGAAAUAGUGCUCUAGGGUGCCCUUUCCUUUUUCAUUGUAAAAGGAUUACGGAAUUCAGAGUCUUUUCUUACGGGUUUUUGAACAAUGUAUGUCGUUUAUACAUGCACAACAACAUUCUUAUGCGUAUCUCCUGUGCUAGACA